AUGGCAACACCAACAGCCUUCCCAACUCAUAAAGCCUUGGCCUCAGCUUCAACCUCCUCACCAGGGGAAGAAAUCCAAACAUCUUGGACUGCUGCACAUCCAGGGAGGAGGUUUUACAUAUGUGGGAGGAAUAGAUGUAGAUAUUGGGAGUGGGGUGACCCACAAAUGUGUGAGAGGUCGAAGCAAAUUAUACCUGGGCUGCUACGGAAAAUAAACAUGAUGGAAGAUGCCAAAAAGUCUCGGCUAGAGAAGCUGACAAAAAACCCUUGGUUUUGGGUGUCUUGUUUGUUGUUUGUGAUAGUUUUGUGGUUGAUGUAUGGGAAAGGCAAAGACAAUGAAGGAUAUUUGCCAGAGAAGCCUAUGUAA